AUCAGACGGCGCCAUGGAACGAGGCGGCUGGCCGUGAUUCAGUGAAGCCAAAGGGGGCGAAGCUUCUCUGACAGGCGUUCCUCCCAGCUACCCGAGUAGCUGUUACUGGCACCAAAACUGUAGACAUGUGUGGAAUCUUUGCCUAUCUCAACUACCAUGUGCCAAGGACUCGGCGUGAGAUCCUUGAAAUUCUCCUGAAAGGUCUCCAACGCCUGGAGUACAGAGGCUACGACUCAGCGGGUGUGGGAAUUGAUGGCGGCAAUGGCAAGGACUGGGAGUCAAACGCCAAGUCAAUCCAACUGAUCAAGCAGCGUGGAAAAGUGAAGGCUCUUGAUGAGGAGAUCCACAAGCAGCAGGAUAUUGACUUGGAUGUGGAGUUUGAUGUCCAUGUCGGCAUCGCCCACACCCGCUGGGCCACCCACGGGGUACCAAGCCCAGUCAACAGCCAUCCACACAGAUCUGACAAGACAAAUGAGUUCAUCGUAAUCCAUAAUGGAAUUAUCACAAACUAUAAAGACCUGAGGAAAUUCUUGGAAAGCAAAGGCUAUGAGUUUGAGUCAGAGACUGACACAGAAACCAUCGCCAAGCUGGUGAAGUACAUGUUCGACAACCGAGAGAGUGACGACAUCAACUUCACUACACUGGUGGAGCGGGUGAUCCAACAGCUUGAGGGUGCUUUCGCCCUGGUCUUCAAGAGUGUCCACUUCCCUGGAGAGGCAGUUGGCACAAGGAGGGGAAGUCCCUUGCUAAUGGGAGUGAGAUGUGACCAUAAGCUGUCUGCAGAUCAUAUUCCUGUGCUCUACCGCUCAUCUGGUAAAGAGAAGAAGAGCUGCGGUUCUCUAUCCAGGACAGACCAAGACACCUGCCUGUUCCCUGUGGAUGAAAAAGCCGUGGAGUAUUACUUCGCCUCUGAUGCAAGCGCAGUGAUCGAGCACACCAACAGGGUGAUCUUCCUGGAGGACGAUGACGUGGCUGCUGUGAAACAAGGCCGUCUGUCCAUUCACAGGAUAAAGCGCAGGGUCGGGGACUAUCCAGCUCGUGCUAUUCAGACCCUGCAGAUGGAGCUGCAGCAGAUCAUGAAGGGCAACUACAGCACCUUCAUGCAGAAGGAGAUCUUUGAGCAGCCAGAGUCUGUGGUCAAUACCAUGAGAGGGAGAGUCAACUUUGAUGACAACACAGUGACACUGGGUGGACUGAAGGACCACAUCAAAGAGAUCCAGAGGUGUCGGCGACUUAUCCUUAUUGCUUGUGGCACCAGCUACCAUGCUGGAGUGGCGACUCGUCAGGUGCUGGAGGAGCUCACCGAGCUGCCUGUCAUGGUGGAACUGGCCAGCGACUUCCUGGACAGGAACACUCCAGUCUUCCGAGACGAUGUGUGCUUCUUUAUCAGUCAGUCAGGGGAAACAGCUGACAGCCUCAUGGCCCUGCGCUACUGUAAGGAGAGGGGAGCUUUAACUGUGGGUGUCACAAACACAGUGGGCAGCUCCAUCUCCAGGGAGACCGACUGUGGUGUCCACAUUAAUGCUGGCCCUGAGAUCGGAGUCGCCAGCACCAAGGCUUACACCAGCCAGUUUGUGGCCCUGAUCAUGUUCGCACUCCUCAUGUGUGACGACAGGAUCUCCAUGCAGCCCAGACGUCGUGAGAUAAUCCAGGGCCUGAGAGUCCUUCCAGAUCUGAUCAAGGAAGUUCUCAGUUUGGAUGAUGAGAUCCAAAGGCUGGCAACAGAGCUGUACCAGCAGAAGAGUGUGCUGAUCAUGGGCAGAGGUUACCAUUAUGCUACCUGCCUGGAAGGAGCACUGAAAAUCAAGGAAAUCACAUACAUGCACUCAGAGGGGAUCCUGGCUGGAGAGCUGAAACACGGUCCUCUGGCUCUUGUGGAUAAACUCAUGCCGGUGAUCAUGAUCAUCAUGAGAGAUCUCACCUACGUCAAAUGUCAAAACGCUCUGCAGCAAGUUGUCGCCCGCUCGGGCCGCCCCAUCGUUAUCUGUGACAAAGACGAUUACGAGACUAUAAAGAACUGCAGCCGCACCAUCAAAGUGCCUCACUGUGUGGACUGCCUGCAGGGAGUGCUGAGCGUCAUCCCGCUGCAGCUGCUGUCCUUCCACCUGGCUGUCCUCAGAGGUUAUGACGUGGACUGUCCAAGAAACCUAGCCAAGUCUGUGACGGUGGAGUGAAGUGCACCGUUCAUCACUUGAUAACAAAUGCCUGGAAGACACAAACACGCAUGCAGACGAGGAAGGAGGGUCUGUAUGCGGGAACCAACAGAAGAUAAUGUCCUGUGUAUGUGUCUCUCGUGUCACGGCCCUUUUUAAUGCAAUCUUUUAGUCAACAGUCGUGUAUCUCCCUGUUGUAUAUUCUCUGUAUCUCAACUUCUCUGUUUUCCUCAUCAUUGUUGUAUUAUUGUCAGAAAAGUUGGUCUGUCGUUGGUGGUAAGGUAUGGGCUGGCACUGAUCUGGCACUGAAAUCUCUUUGUAGCAACUGACAGGAUAUUUUAAAGUUACUAGAACUAACGUGAAAAUUGCUUAGAUGUGGUGUUUAAUCUCUUUUCAAGGAUUAGAGUUAAUGUUAAAGCUGUCAACUGACAAAAGUUACAUUUUCAAGAACUUACUGGCUGCUUUUUCUUCUUUAGUGCAAUGAUUUGUAGUUUAGUUGGGAUAUUUUUUUUCUUUGGCAGCUAAUCAUUCAAAGUGUCUUUACUCCACAGUUGAAGUAAGAAGCAGUCUUGAAUCAUUCCAAGCCACAGGUCAGCACUUCAUAAUUGCAGCGCAGUUUGCCAGUUUUGACUCAGUUUCUCUGUUGGACUUUCUUCUGAGGACGUAGCGUCACAAGUGAGAUGACAGAGGAGCUUGUGAAUACAGCCCUGUAUAAAAAGUCUCCUACAUAAAACAAUAAUAUCCGAUUUCAAACUCUGGUUUUGAUUCUGCUUUGCUACUGAAGCAUUUCUCUGCUUACAACAUGUUCGUACUCUAAAGCUGCUUGUGCGCCAUUUAGUUUUCCGAUGUUACACUUUGUUGCCACACUACUCAAAAAAAAAAAGAGACAUUAUUGCUAACCUGAGGUCUUAAGUUUACAUUUAAAUUACAAACUGAAGUAAAUCCAGCUAGAUGAAGCAACAAACCUGAAGAAGGCCAGCCCACGCUUUGCCACCAGGACUGCUGCGAUAUUGGGACCAUUUGAAGCUUUUUUCUUUUUUGUUACAUUUGUUUAAUUUUUUUUUUGUUUAAAAAAGGAAUUUUAUAUCACUGAAGUUACUCUCUGAUUUGAAAUGUGAAUGUUACUGUCAUAUAAAAUGUCCUGUCAAACCAAAAAAUCCUGUCGGUGGCGUUGGCAGUUGUAAACCAAAACAUAUAUUUUUUUAUAUGUUCUAUUGUUUUGUAGCCAAACAUGAACUGAUGCUGGUACUGUAGAAUGUGUGGUGUGAUGACGGAGUAAAGGAGGGCAAACAAAGGAGAGUGAUGUACACAAAACUGUGUAGUGAAGUAACAGGAGCUGCUUUUUUAACUCAUCACAUUUUUGGUUUUAAGAUAUUUAUUUUGCUUUUACAAUCAAGCCUUAACUUUAUUUUGGAUUUCUUUUUUUCCUCCUGACAUUGAGCUUCUUCUGAGCCAGUGAGAGGGUUUGAAAACUGGACAAUGUUGUUACAGGUACUUUUGUAACCCCACAUAUAUUAGCAGACUUCAUAUAGGUAGACUGGACAAAAAGACACUGCACUGAUCCUCAAACAUCUGUUAGAAGUUAAUGGGUAGCUGACGGUGUUGGAGCACUAUUUAUCAGUGAGCUGAUGCAAUAAAGUGUCAAGUACUUCCCUUUUUA